CAUGAAGCAGCUGUAGAGAGCAGUUCUUAACUUACGUGGAUGUCUUAAUUGUAAAUGUAAAUUGUACAAUAUUUACCAGUGUUCUUUUUUUUUUAUCAACCAUUAGUCAUUAUCUACCAAUGUUAUUCUCCAUUACUUUCCUUAUGGUUAAGUACAGUGACUUAAGUAUCAGCUAUCAUAAUAGUAAUGUUUGAUUUAUCUAUCAAGUGACAAGGAAGAUAAGGACGAUCAUAUUUUCUUAAAUAUAAGAGAAAUUAUGGUCGAAUGAACCAAUGACAGCCAGAAGGCGAAGAAUAGGUUCUGAAUCAGAUCAGCAACCUCUGAUUCUUGCAGAAAAAACUCCAUCUUUCUCAUCUCAGUCUUUUAGAGAAAAUGGUUUUUCAUCCAGUUCAUCUUCUUUAAUUAAAGAUCCUCCUAAGAUGUCUCGAGAUAGGACCUCUGAAUUUGCCAAUGCAAUCAGGUCUCUUCAGGGAAGGACUGUCAUUAGAGCUGUAUCAGCUCAAGAUCCUGCAAGAGCACAGAAUAUUCAAAACUAUGGAGAAUUUAUGAUGUUAGCCCGAAGUAUUGGGCGAAAUAUCAGCAGCACUUAUGAUAAACUUGAAAAACUUACUUUAUUGGCAAAAAGGAAACCCUUAUUCAAUGACCGACCUACUGAGAUACAAGAACUAACUUAUAUUAUCAAAGAAGAUCUAAAUAGUCUCAAUUCUCAAAUCGCCAAACUUCAGGAAGUAAUUAGAAGUCAAAAUGAAAAGAGAAAUCGUAGUAAGACACAACAUUUAUUUUCUCAUUCGUCCAGUGUUGUCUUGACAUUGCAAUCGAAGCUGGCAUCCAUGUCAUCGCAGUUCAAGCAUGUACUGGAAGUUAGGACAGAGAAUCUUAAAGAGGCUAAAAGGAGACAAGACCAGUUUUCGCAAGCGCCUUUAGGACCUGCACACCCACCGCCUGGUGAAUCUUCAUAUCUGUUGGGUCGAGAGGUUGCCAUAGACAUGCAAGGUACAAGCCGGGGAAGGCAGCAGCAGUCACAGCUCCUAAUGUCUUACGAUGAAACAGAUCAAUACCUUACUACCAGAGCUGAAACGAUGCAGAAUAUUGAAUCUACUAUCGUGGAGUUGGGCGGUAUUUUUCAACAACUAGCACAUAUGGUAAAAGAACAAGAAGAAAUGGUAGAUAGGAUUGAUGCGAACGUCCAUGACACUGAAUUAAAUGUCGAAGCUGCUCACUCAGAAAUCCUAAAAUAUUUUCAGUCAAUCUCUUCGAAUAGAUGGCUCAUGAUAAAAAUAUUUGGUGUCCUAAUAUUUUUCUUUAUGUUCUUUCUAAUAUUUAUGGCAUGAAACCGCUCUCAUGAUAAACAAAUAUAUUUUUAUAAACUUAAUAUUAGAAUGUUAAUGUUGAAAACAAUUGUUUAUAUCUGUUAAAUCUUAUAAUUGUAAUAUACACCAUGUAAAUAUGUUCCUUAUUUCGGUCGCAUUCCUUUUUGUUUAUAUAGCGAAUAAAUUCCUUUUAUUUUUUUUGUUAACAUUAGAAUGAUUUUUUGAUAAAUGAAAUUACUCAAUAACUUUUUACCAAGUGAAUAAACUGGUUUUUAAAUUCACAUUUUAUAUGUAUAUUUAUUGAUGGAAAAUUGUAUCUUUUAAUAUUUUUAUUCAAAUAGUUAAUAAAUUAUCCUGUCCUGUGAAAACUAUAUAGUAACAUUAAUUGAAUCACGCUAGCUUUGAUAAAGAAUUAUUGGUUCACUUAUGUUCCUUAUAGAUCAAAAAGGAAACAAUAAAAAAGGACUAUUAAUUAUUUUUCAUUCAUUGCACGUGGUUUAAUGGUUAUUUUGUGUCGGGUUCUGCUGAUAUUAAAUAAUUUUAUUUUUAAAUAUCCUUCAUUGAGGAAUUAAUGAUAAUACUAUAUAAUUUCUCCUUUAAUCAAUAUUAUCAGAUAUACAACCAUUUUGGUCCUUUAACAUCUUAUCAUUUUACUAUUGUAUUUUUUAAAAUAUAUAAUUUAAGAACUAUUGUUUAUUAUUAAAAGAGUAAUUGGGUGUUCUCACUCCAUAGCUUUGACUAUUUUAUGAGAAAAAGAAUAUGUAAAACUAAAUAUUGACAAUAUUAGUACAUGUUUAAAGUAUUGCUAAAGUGUUAAAAAUGAAUAUGUUUUUUUAUCAUUCAGUUGUUUUUUUUUUCUAAAGCUACUUAAUCACUGUAUAUUUGUAUAUACAAAUAUCAAAUACAUUCUAUCCUUGUUAAUAUUCUCC